AUGUCCCUGCAGAGGAUCGUGCGUGUGUCCCUGGAGCAUCCCACCAGUGCCGUGUGCGUGGCUGGCGUGGAGACCCUGGUGGACAUUUAUGGGAGCUGUCCCGGAGGCACAGAGAUGCUCGAGGUCUACGGGACCCCCGGUGUGGACGUCUACAUCUCGCCCAGCAUGGAGAGGGGCCGGGAGCGUGCGGACACCAGGCGGUGGCGCUACAACGCAGGGCUGGAGAUCAUCGUGGUCAUGAACUCUCCCAGCAAUGACGUCAACGACAGUCAUGUUCAGAUUUCCUACUACUCCAGACAUAAGCCCCUGCCCCUGGCGUACACCGUGCUCUACCUCACCUGUGUUGACAUCACCCUGGAUUGCGACCUGGACUGUGAGGGCAGGCAGAACGGAAGCUUUGUGGACAAGCGCCAGUGGGUCUGGGGGCCCGAUGGGUAUGGGGCCGUCCUGCUAGUGAACUGUGACAGGGACGACCUGAACUGUGAUGACCGGGACAACUGUGACCAGCACGUGUGCUGCCUGCAAGACCUGGAAGACAUGUCCGUCAUGGUCCUGCGGACCCAGGGCCCCGCUGCCCUCUUCGAUGACCACAGACUCGUCCUCCACACCUCCAGCUACGACGCUAAGCGGGCACGGGUCUUCCACGUCUGCGGUCCCGAGGACUCGUGCGAGGCCUACAGGCAUGUGCUGGGCCGGGACAAGGUGUCCUACGAGGUGCCCCGCUUCCACGGGGACGAGGAGCGCUUCUUCGUGGAGGGCCUCUCCUUCCCCGACGCCAGCUUCUCGGGGCUCGUCUCCUUCCACGUCACCCUGCUGGACGACUCCAAUGAGGAUUUCUCCGAGUCCCCGAUCUUCACUGACACGGUCGUGUUCCGGGUGGCCCCCUGGAUCAUGACGCCCAGCACCCUGCCGCCCCUCGAGGUGUACGUGUGCCAGGUGAGGAACAACACGCAGUUCGUGGACGCAGUGGCGGAGCUGGCCAUGAAGGCCGGCUGCAAGCUGACCAUUCCUGCCCGCAGGCCGAGAAACCGAAAUGACCGUUGGCUGUCCCCAGCUGGGCGUCUCUCUCGUUCGCAGGACGAGAUGGAGCUGGGCUAUGUGCAGGCGCCGCACAAGACCUUCCCGGUGGUCUUCGACUCCCCCAGGAACGGGGAGCUGCAGGACUUCCCUUACAAGAGAAUCCUGGGUCCAGAUUUCGGCUAUGUGACUCGGGAGCCGCAAGACAGCUCUGUGUGUGCCCUGGACUCCUUCGGAAACCUGGAGGUCAGCCCCCCAGUGGUGGCCAACGGGAAAGAGUACCCCCUGGGGAGGAUCCUCAUUGGGGGCAACCUGCCUGGGUCAAGUGGCCGCAGGGUCACCCAGGUGGUGCGGGACUUCCUCCACGCGCAGAGGGUGCAGCCCCCCGUGGAGCUCUUUGUGGACUGGUUGGCCGUGGGCCACGUGGAUGAGUUUCUGAGCUUCGUCCCGGCCCCCGAUGGGAAGGGCUUCCGAAUGCUCCUGGCCAGCCCCGGCGCCUGCUUCAAGCUCUUCCAGGAAAAGCGGAAGUGGGGCCACGGCAGGGCCCUGCUGUUCGAAGGGGUUGUUGGUAACAACCAGGUCACCACCAUCUCCAUCAACCAGGUCCUCUCCAAUGAAAACCUCAUCAGCUACAAUAAGUUCGUGCAGAGCUGCAUCGACUGGAACCGGGAGGUGCUGAAGCGGGAGCUGGGCCUGACGGAGCGGGACAUCGUGGACAUCCCGCAGCUCUUCAAGACCGAGAGGAGAAAGGCGGUGGCCUUCUUCCCUGACUUGGUGAACAUGCUGGUGCUGGGCAAGUACCUGGGCAUCCCCAAGCCCUUCGGGCCCAUCAUCAACGGCCGCUGCUGCCUGGAGGAGAAGGUGCGGUCGCUGCUGGAGCCGCUGGGCCUCCACUGCACCUUCAUCGACGACUUCACCCCGUACCACAUGCUGCACGGGGAGGUGCACUGCGGGACCAACGUGCGCCGGCAGCCCUUCUCCUUCAAGUGGUGGCACAUGGUGCCCUGAGCCUGGCCCCCGGGCGUCC